GUGUACGUUUAUAAAUGCCUUGUAAUGCAGUAGGGCUUGGCACAGAUUUGACUGCACACAGGUACACACACCACAAUCCCAGAACAUGGCUUCAAAGGAGGAUCUAUUGCGAGACAUGCAGAAGUGUUUCAUCAACCUGAAAGUUGAAGAGGACAAAAAAGAGACAGUCACUCAAAGAGAGCGUGAGGACAGUAUUGAUAUCCGAUGUACAGAGUUUCCUGAUUUCUCAGAGGAUUUCCGUCAGAUUAUUAAAGCUGGCUGGCUGGAGAAAACUCCCCCAAAAGGUGGCAAGAUUUACCAGCGUCGAUGGGUGCAGCUGGAUUCAGAAUAUUUGAGAUAUUUUCAAUACAUCAAGGAGGUGUACUCUAAAAAGAUGGUGUCUCUGGAAUCUGUUGAUAAGGUGGUCAGUGUCGGAGAUUUACGAUUUGAGGUCCACAGUCAGAGCCGGACUUUCCUGUUUCGAGCAGAAAGCACUCAGGAAAGAAAUGACUGGGUGGGUUGCUUUGAAAAGAUUCUGAGUGAUCGCAAAAAUAGUCUGGGGCCCCGGAAUCUGUUCUUUAAGAACGGUAGUGUGAAUAUUUGUUUCGAGGGCAACCUGGAGAUGUUGUCACCACGCACCAAAGUCUACAUGCUUAUCAGCAGGGACAAACUGUUCCUCUUCAGAAGCCACGAGGAAUAUAUUCAGGGUGUAGGCAUCACUGACAUAGACAUGCGAAUGGCCAAUGUGAGAGAAGGAGAAAACAAGUGCUCUUUCACGCUCACCACUCCAUACAGAGCAUUCAGUUUUGUGGUGAAGUCAGUGAGUGAGAAGCAGAAAUGGUGCGAGUUACUUAAUGAGUGUGUGAGUCGCUCUCUGUCAUGUGAUGGAGUGUGUGAGAGCAUUUGGCGUGUGCCAUCAAACCGUUUGUGUGCGGACUGCAGCUCUUCGAUGCCAGAGUGGGCGUCAAUCAACCUGUGUGUUCUGCUGUGUGAAAAAUGUGCAGGGGUACACAGAAGCCUGGGCCAGAACAUGUCAAAGGUUCGCAGUCUGAAGUUGGAUGAACGAGUGUGGACUGAUGACCUCAUCAGGGUUUUUCUGCUGCUGGGUAACGGCAAAGCUAAUCAGUUCUGGGGAGCGAAUAUUCCCCAAAGUGAAAGUCUCAGUGCAAACGCUAACAGCGAGCAACGUCUCCAACACAUAACCGCAAAAUACAAGAAUGGAAAAUAUCGCAAAUACCACAUACUCUUUGGUCAACAGGAGGCGCUCAACAGAGCUCUGUGUUCAGCGGUGCAGUUUGCUGAUUUGUUGGAUACUCUCUCGCUGCUGAAUUGUGGGGCGGAUAUCAAGUGCAACACUGGUAUCCCAGAAUUCCCUUCUCCACUGUCUCUGGCAAAACAUAGUGGUCAAACGGUACAAGCGGAGCUACUUAUGCAGAACUUGAACUCAGAGUCUUUUACGCCAGUGGUUAAAGAUGUGUCCAUUCGAUCCUAUUCCGGCUACCUUUUUAAGAUUGCCUCUUCAGCUCGGCCAAUCACAGACCACAAAACCAAAGCAGAUUUCUCUCAGCGUUGGUGUUGUCUUGGUGAUGGAAUGUUUAGCUACUUUAAGAGUGAACAGAGCCACAACAAGUGUGGUGGCAUGAAGACCAGUGAAAUCAUCUGCCUCUCUGUCAACAACCCAGGAAAACAUUGCUAUGAGCACACCUUUGAGUUGUACUCUGAGGAGGGGAAAGUCUACCUGUUUGGAACCGAUGAUGGCAGCAUUGCCAAGAACUGGAUUCGGGCUAUUGCCAUGGCUAUGCUGCCUCCUGCACUGUUUGAUGUGUGUGGAACCUGUGAUCGUCUGGGUCGCCUGCGCUGCACAGAGGGCAGCCAUGGCAUUGGUUGGUUUUGCCUGAGCGGCUUCAAACUGCAUGUGUUACUGGAAGACAACGUACAAACAAUCGACCUGCGCAAGCUGGUCACGCUCACUCUCUCUGACAGUGAUGGCUCCUUGGCGAUGGUGUGGCGGGGUGGACCCCUGCAUUUGCUAGCUGACCGCAGGCCUCAUUUUGUGGGCUGGCAGACCUACAUUCAGCAGAAAUCCGGUGCUGGAGAUCAGCCGCUAUCCCAGCAGCAACUCACUGAGCUGGGUGUCCCUGUGACUAUUGACCGCUGCCUGGACCAUGUAACACGUUAUGGACUGUUGUCAUCAGGAAUCUACCGAGAGAGUGGCAUUAAUUCUCAUGUGACCAAACUGCUGGAGAGAUUUAAAAAUGAUGCACGGAGUGUAACGUGGUGUGAGUCUGAGUAUUCUGUGCAUGUUGUGGCUAACACGCUAAAACGAUUUCUCAGGGAGGUCAAAGACGGACUGUUAAACGGACAAGAGAACAGCGACAGCUGGCUUAGAGCUGCAGGUCUGGAGAACAGAAGUGAGAAGAUUAAUAGAUACAAGAUUCUCCUCUCAAACCUCCCAGAUGUUAACAGAGAAACACUCAGAGUCCUCAUACACCAUCUGGUUUGUGUUCAGCACCUGUCUGAUGAGAAUCAGAUGACUGUACGAAACCUUGGUAUCAUGUUCGGUCCAUCACUUUUUCAGAGAGAUGGAAAAGAUACCACAGCAUUUCAGGUGGUGGAGGAAUUGAUCCAAAACUAUUGUAGCAUUUUUAACGUCUCAGAGUCUGACCUUCAGAGGCAGCUAAACAUGACGUCUGUCAUCCUGAAUAAACACAAGUCCCAGAAGUCUUUGAGUCGAACUCCAUCCAGCACCAUUUGUGCUGUUUACCUGGAGAAGAAAGAGGAGGUUGCAGGGGUUCUCGUUCAGGUUGCGGCGGAUAUGACCGUAUUCAAGUUGGUUUCUGUGGUGCUGGAGCUUAAAGGAAUUCAGCAAGCCAAUGAAGAGUUCUGGAGCUGCUAUGAGGUUCUAGAGAAAGAGGACAUGGCGAGAACACUGCAUUACCAGGAAAGAGUCUUGCCACUCUAUUUCUCACUUGGUCGUCACUGCCACCUGUUGAUUAAGAGGAAUCAAUACAUCAUCAGCAUCAUGAGGUACCUGGAGAAUAAGGUGAAUCUAUGUAAGAGUGGGCCAUUGCGUGUCUGUGAGGUUAAAGGUGAAAGUAGCAGAAACUUCCACCUUCGUCAUUGUGAGCUUUCUGGCAACACCUUCAGACUACACAAGGAACUACAGGGUUCUCAGUGCGAGAGAGAAUAUCCUGCCAAAGAGCUCAAGCUCUAUCAUGGUUGCCGGAGCAAACUGCAUCCACCCACCCCAUGGGGACUAAUGCUGAUUCAUGACAAGCAGCAGUGGUAUCUGUGCUGUGAGAAUGAGGAUGAGUUGACUGAGUGGACAGCCACAUUUUACAGCAUCCAGUACAAUGGUGACAUCUGGCCCUCCUGGUGAAAUAACUUCAAUGCAGCUGAUGGGUUGGAUAACAGCAAUUUAUUCUGAUGGAAGAAACUAAAAAAAAGAAAAGAAAAGAAAAAUGAAACAUCACAUAAAAGCGUUUCUAAACAGACUGUGCCCAUCUCAGAUUCUGAAUUAUUACUAGCAGCACACUGAUCUCUUGCAUUAUGAGUAAUGUGACAAUGAUAAAAUUCCUGUAUCUUUGAUUCCUGUAUUUUUGGCAUCAAUUGACAAAAAAAUACUGUACCUCAAUUCUGAAUCGUAUGUAUGCUGAGUUAAAUACAUAAUGUUUUAAACAAAAUUUCCAGUGUAGAUUAAACAAAUGUUAAAAAUAUGAACAAAAGUCCUAUUGGUUUGGAACAACA